CACCAUAAAUAAAGCUGAGUCAUACAUCCGAUUCAGUUUUCAUAGUCCAAGUUCAGGCUUCGAUAUUCUCAAUAAAUUCCGUUUUUCUUGGGUCCCCAUAGCAGCAUUCUAUUGCUUUAUAUAUAGUCCACGUCCCAAUUGAGAACCGAGUCAUCUUCUUCCCAAAAAACACUAUAAAUCUUCCCUUGAACGUUUUACUUUUCAUCAACGUCUAAUUUUUCUGCUUCAUUCCCCACGUUACGCCCAAAAGUCUUUUUUUUUUCUUUGCUCCAAAUUGAAGAUCCUGGAUUCUAAGGGAGGGAAAGUCUGGACAAGAAAAAUAAGAGAAGGGUUAAUAAUAUUACAGGAGAACAAAAUGAAAACAUGUUUGGUCGUGGAUGGUGAUUAUAUUUAUGAAGAAGAAAAGCAUUUCACUGUUCUCAAAACUUCUCUUUUCUUUGCCAACGAUGGUUUUACUGUUUAUGAUCGUAAAGGCCUCUUAAUCUUUCGAGUUGACUCGUACGGCCCUGACCCUCGUGAUAAAUGUGAAGUUGUUCUUAUGGAUGCUCAUGGAAGAUGCUUACUCACUGUGAGAAAAAAGAGGCCAAGUUUGCAUCACCGGUGGGAAGGCUUUCUAGGCGAAAGAUCAGAGGGUCAGAAACCGAUAUUCAGUGUGAAAAGAUCAUCAAUAAUCGGACGGUGUGGGAUGACGGUUGAAGUGUUCAACAAUCCAGGGGAGGAGUACCAGAUCGAAGGAAACUUUGGACAACGCAGUUGCACGAUCUUCAAUGCAGCCAAGGAAUCAGUGGCUGAGAUCAAACGGAAAAUUGAUGCUUCCACUAACGUGGUACUUGGUAAGGACGUUUUCUCGCUUUCCUUAAAGCCUGGCUUUGAUGGGGCCUUUGCCAUGGGAUUGGUUCUUGUUCUUGACCAUAUCAACGGUGAUGAUUAUGUUGAAAAUGAUGAGGCUCAGAUGAUCCCUACCGCAGAGGAUUAAUGUUUUUUAAGGUUUGAUCACUUUUAUAGAAAGAGAGGUGGAAAAAAUGCUUGUAUAUGAUUACAAAAGUAAUAAGAAUUGCCUUUGAUCAACGUGAAAAUGGCUUUGAGAACUUCCUUAUUUUGGUACUAUUCUCGUGGAAAAACAAUAAUAAGACAAAUCAAAUGUUGA